AUGGAAGUCAAUCCGCUGAGCAUAAUUCUGGUUAAAUCGGACAGUAAGGGCGACCGAUUGCUAUUUCGCUAUCCGUACAAUUUGCCGCAACAGUUCCAGACGGCUGUCAUACCUACCAGGAAAACACCCUAUUCGCUGAUCAACACCGGCGACGAUAUCUUGCAAAAUGUGCCUCCAACGAAUAUUUGCUACGGUAAGGAACAUGAUCAUGAGACUGUGUACCUGCCAAUUAACAACUCUUGCCGGCGUUUCGGUGCAGACCAACUUUACGGGAUUUCCGACAAAGACCUUGCAACACUGUUCGCGGUCAAGUCGGAGCUGUGCAAUCAAAAGUUCGAGCUCAAGGUAAACGAUGUCCGGUUCGUAUCGCAUCCGACCCUGCUCCCCGGGAACGAACAAAAGUCUUCCUACGUGCAGGUCAACGUCGUUUUUGCACUGCAUGCCUCGGCCAGCUAUUCCGUCGUCCGGUGCUACUACGAGCUCAGCAAACGCAUCGGUAUGGCACUGAUCUACGAAGAGCGUCGCGACAGUUACUUUACACGCGAAAUCAAAACAAUGGUUGCUGUGAUGGACGAAAACAGUGCACUUCAAGAAGCUCUCGAACAACCGAGCGGACCACCAGCCGGAACCGGUGGCCCCAGUGGACCAGGCGGAGUAGCCGGGACAGGCCCGGUGGCGACCAGUGGCCAAACGACAGUGACGAGCGCAGCAGCGGCCGCUAACACGGCCGUCAGUGUAUUUGAUACGAUACUCAAGAACACCACGCUGGCACCAUUUAUUAAAACCAUUUAUCACGAUCUGUGCACAACCGGGGUGCUGAAUGUGACCAUGAAUCAAACGGUCACACUGUGCUUCUGCUUGCCGCAGAAGGCGCAUCAAUUUCACAAAAAAGGGAUCAUGGUUGAGCCAGAAACGAUUGACCGGUGCCUGGAGGCACUGAAACCAUACCAUGGCAUGCUGCUUCUGGUUGACCCGUCCGAGCUGUUCGAUUGCGUUCCACCAUCGGGUGCCAACAUGCUGCUGCAAUUGAUCGAAGUUUACAAUCCUCUUAAAAGUUUACAAAAUAUGGCCUCCGAUGCAGAGCUACUGAUCGACUACGUCUAUCAGAUCGUGGGACACCUCGUUUACUGGGCGAAAGCGACUAUUAUCUACCCUUUGUGUGAAACGAACGUGUACGUAAUUGCACCCGACGCGCAGCUCAACAUUCACUCGAAUCUGCCGGACAAAUUUGCGACCAAGUUUCCGGGCAUGUCGCUGUUCGAAGUGAUAAGUGACUUUUCACUCCCCACUUCCAUCGGACAUCUGACAACGCCGCUGCAGCAUCCCGCUCGCCAGGGCCGAUUGGCGCAAAUGGUGUUGUGGAUGCUGCAGCACCACCUGUUGAUGCAACUACACACGUACGUGCAGUUUGUGGCCAAUCUUGAUGGCAUCGAAGGAACGGACGGACCGAUGGAGGGAUCACCACAGAAAGAUAUCCGGGACCGAGAUCCAACGAAUGUCCCGGCCAUUGGCGGUGUGCUGCUGUACGGCAGUUCUGCACCAAGCGGCUCAACGAGUCAACCACUCGCCGUCCCAUUCCCGAAUCGGAAACACUCACUGAGUGAAGAUCGGUACGCGGACAGUCUGUCGGAAGGGCUGAUCGCGACACCGGCAGCAUCGAAUACGCGACCCUCUUCAGCAAGCCAUCGGUCGAGCGUUGGCGGUGGACUGCAGACUGCAUCGAGCACCGAUAACGAUGAAAGCAUCGCCUCGAUCGACGAUGAUGAUGACAAACUGCGACGAUUACUGGCGGCUUUCCCCGAGCCGGACCGGACAGCCGUAGCACGUGUUCCUGCCGCAUCGAGUCCGGAAGACCUAGCGCUGAUGGUGCGCUUGUGGCAGGCCGGAUACUUCAAGGGCGAACACCACCUGGAGGAGAUCAUGUACUUUGAGAAUCUUCGCCGAUCGCAGCUACUUCAGCUGGUCGACAAGUUCCGUGAGGUGCUAAUUAUCUACGAAACAGAAGAUCCCGCCAUAGCUUCGCUCUAUACGGAACAGGCCAAUGUGUAAGCAAUAGAAUGGCCAAUUGAAUUGGCA